GUUUUACUGUUGUACGUCGUUCGUUUCGUUGCCUUGUCAUUUUGUCGGAAAAAGUUAGAAAAUCUAUUAGUCUGUUUGUGUGAAUCAUUUUUAUUUCCAUAAUUUCUGUUCUUUUGACUAUUGAAAUUCACAGGAUGUAUUAAAUAGAACUUUUUCAAACUGCUAACAAAUCGGAACAAUGGAGCCGACACUGUCCAAGCCGCGGCAUUACCGCGCCGCCAUAUACAUCCUGGCGGCGUCCAACGCUGCAGCUCUCUUCGUCGCUGCUAAACUGGUCCUCAGUCUUGAACCUCACGACAGAAUCUCAGUGCGUCGCGGCGGCGCGCUCACAGCGCUGGGCUUCGUGUACUUCAUGACGCUGUUCGAGCUGCUGAACGUGUUCGCGCUGUACACGGGCGCCGGCGCGCGCUUCCGCCACAAGUACCGGCUGAGCUGCGGCGACGUGCUCGACAUCACCAACAAGCUAGUGUCGGCGGUGCAGGCGGCGCUGUCGUGCCUCACGGGCGCCGUGGUGUGCCUGUGGUCGUGCACGCGCGACUUCAUGCGCUCCUCGCACUACAUGUCCGAGGCGUACGCGUGGUUCGGCGCCGCCUACUUCUUCUACGACAUAUGGUCCAUGUACAUGGUGCACGUCCAAAUGCACACAGGCGUAGACUACUUCAAGAGUAAACUCCAGCGGAAGCUGUCCAAGAACGGGGACGCGCAGCUGUCGUCCGGGGACGGUGCCGUCGCCAAGCGACAGACGAGGCCUUCCUUCCUGGCGUACUGCCGCCACGAGCCCGUCAUACUGAUGCACCACCUCUUCAUCGGGGGCUUCGGGUUCCUAGUCAUCGUUUACCUCCGCGGUGACCUUGGCGACUGCACCUUCGGCUUCGUAUACCUGAUGGAGCUCUCCACGCCGUUCGUGUCGCUCCGCGGAAUCCUGUCGCGGCUGCGGCUGAAGGCGUCCCGGGCGUACCUGGUGAAUGGUUUGCUGAUGCUGGCCACGUUCUUCCUGUGCCGCGUUAUCAGCCUGCCCUACGUCUGUCUCAUGUACAGCAGGGUGCUGGGCCUAUCGUACUUUGAGGCAAUCAAGUCACUACCGACCGGGUGCAAGGUGUCGAUCUGCAUCCUGCUGCUGCCGCAGCUGUACUGGUUCUACCUGAUGUCGGCGGGCGCGCUCAAGAUGCUGGUUGGUGCUGGCGGCGGUGCGGCGGCGGCGGCGGCGGACGGCGCCGGCGACGAGCGGCGCAGCUGAUGGCGGCGCCGCGCCCGCAACAGACGCCGGGCCGCGCGGCACUAGUCUGCAGGUACCGACUGACCAGGCGAGGUAUGCAGUUACCUAUCGUAGUAUUUCCACUAGGAUUUAUUGUGGAUAGUACACUAUUCUAAUUGGCUAAUAUAAUUGUAACCAGCAGAAUAAAUAAUGGUAGAAUUGACACAUCAUCAUCGUCAUUCCAGCCAUUAUCCGUCCACUGCUGGACAUAGGCCUCUCCCACAGACCCCUAUAAGGAACGGUCUGAACCACCAGCAUCCAUUGACUCCCUGCAAUUUGAAGUCGUCACUCCAUCUAGUGGGAUGGGGGGGGGGUCGUCCUAAUUGAAUAAUCGAAUUGACAGUUGCGUGGAUUUAAUUUUUUUUUAAUGGAUGAUUAUGGUAUGGUAACCCUGCCUGCGCUAACGGUAUACACCAGCGGGGCAUCAGUGAAGGGUGAUAGAUGAGAAUGAAAAGGCAGAUCAGUUAGCCCAUCGUGAUGAAUUGAUCACGAUGGUUUCCAGGGGGAACCGCGUGGAGACCUGACAGGGCUUGCAAUGGGGCCAGUAGUCCCCAUUACUAACAAUCCCCGUCCCCCGUGGAUUUAAUUAUCAAUAUGCUAGCGUGUUGAUGCCGAGUCUUUUUAUAUACAAAAUUACCCAUGGCAUUCCAACAAUAGAUGUCGCAAUGGGAGCGUACAUCUCGCUCACUGGUACGCGUGACGCGGCGUAUCGUAAAAUUAUCAACUAACUUAAAAAAAAGAUUCUCGAUUCGGUUGUAUUUUUUUUAUGUUUGUCACCUCAUAACUCCGUCAGUUGUAAACCGAUUUGAUUUUUUUUUCUCAAAGGAUAUACUUACCGAUUGGUAACGAAAUUUUAUCAAAAUCGGUUCAGUAAUCUAGUUUUUAAAUCAAAAUAACUGGCUUUGUACACAUUUGAAGUCGUUUCCUUUUUUGGGACAGAAUCUUUAUUUGUUAAAUGUGAAUAAACUGGCAACCCUCCCAAACCUAUGCGCAGUCGAAAGGCAAAUGUACCCUACAUUUUGGGCGAAAAUGACAGUAAAGAAUGUAUAUGAGUGUCACUUCUAACCAGUAUAUUUAUUCUAAUGGAAUAAUCACACAGAUCAAUAACAACUAGAUAGAGCGUUUCCCAGCAAACGCUUCGAUAAAAACUUUUUUUUUUUAAAUAGCCCGCUUUUAUAAUGGUAUUAAUAUAUAGUACAGUGAACGCUCUAUAUAAGCGACCUCUCUAUAAGCAACAUUCUUUGUAUUUUAUUUAUUCUACUCAGCUUAGUUACUGGACGGUAGGGAAAAAAAUAAAAUUAUAAUGUAAAAAUUUGACGUUCAUAAGCGGCUAAAAUGUCCUACAUGAAUAAAUGAUUUUUGAAUUUUGAAUUUUUUGAAUUUAGUAAAAGAAAUUAGUAAAAAUAUUUUCCUGACUGUAAAGUAGUUUUAUACUCUUUUUUUCCCCUAUAAGCAACUUUUUCCAAUAAGAUUUUGUUUAAAAUUGGUUGAAAUGAGUUACUUACAUAGAGCUUUCACUGUAUAAUAAUAAUAAUAACUUUAUUUAAACAAAAAUGCGGGUACAAAAUUUACUUAUCAGUGUUUACUACAGGCACGCAGGCCUGUUUCCUAGUAAUCAGUAACUAUUAAUUUUAAAAUUUGCCACGUUCUUUAUUAUAUUUAUUUAUAUCUUUACUAUAUCAUCAAUAAUAUACUAUUAAGCUUCCAUACACGCUAAAUGAUCGAAUAUUUGAACACACAGUAUGUAGAAACGACGCAUCAGUCAUUAGUGGAUUGGGCGAUUUUUUGAUACACGCUCCAUCUAGAUGCAUUUGAUCUCUUCUGAAUAUUCGAGUCACAGAGGGGGUGCAGUCAGCUCGACAGGGGCGGGGAGUUACCAUACUAUAAGGAGUAGUACUAGACGGACGAAAAAGUUAAGCCAGUGGGUUCGAUUCUGAUGAAACAUAUUCUAAACCUAUCUCUUAACCCAAUAUUUUAAUUUGAUAGUUUGGAGAGAUUAAUUUUUUUGUGGACUGUCCUAAACUAAUUUUGUAAUCAUUUUAAUUUAAAUCUAUUAUAAAAUUAAUUAAUGAUAAAAGAAUGAAUGAGUAUAUUUGCAUUAUACAAUAUAGGUAAUAAGCAAGGCAAUUAAUAAAUGUAACGAUACAGUUGUAUAAGUACAGUAAGGCGGUCUUAUUGCUGAGAGCGAUCUUUUCAAGAUGACCUUAAGGUAGUGGAUGGUCCUUAGUAUUAAAGAUUUCGAUGUGAUAUCAAAUUGAAAUGUUAAUGUUAACUUUAGGUUUAGAGAGAUGGCGCCUCUGAAUCGAGCCCGGUGCAUGUAUUGAAUAUUAUAACUCCAUUAUGUGUUAAUAACUAAAUUUGUUAAAAAAAAACCAUCUGUUUUGCAUUUAUAAUAUUCUAAGUAAUAUUUCAAUGUAAUAACUACCGGUUUAACUUAUGUGUAAUUAGAUCGUAAAAGCUCGACUAGUUUCGGGAUCACUUCGUGAUCCUUAAUCAUGAGCGGCUGGGACUGCGCACCUCGUUCCGCUGAUACUGUGAAAUAUAAUGUGUGCUUACGAAAAUUUUAACAAUACAUUUCUGAGCAUUGUCUCAUGUAUCAUUGUCUAAAUCAUGCAAUUUAGAGGUUUCGCAACAGAUGUCGUGAUGGUAAUAUGCGUCAGAAUAGAGUUAAACGGCCUCAUCAAAUACUUCUUCCAUAUCUACUUCCCUUCCCAGGGUUGCCAGAUGCAAAUUUUGAUUUUUACGUAAACGCCUAAUAUUUUUUCUCCAAAUAGAUAUGAUAUUCAGGAUUUUACUCUAACAUAAAAUUUUUAACCUAAAAUUUGGAGAAAAAUACCGAAUCUGGCAACACUGUUUCUUCCAGUAUAUAUAGUAUUGCAUUUACUUUAUAUAAAACUUACUGUUAUGUUGUUAGAAUCAAGACGCAGCUGAAAUUAUGCACAAAGUCAACUUGCACAUUUAUACAGGUCAUAUUAUUUAUUAGUAAUUAAAUAUUAGGGUAAUAUCUGGAAAUAUCUAUAUAGUUUAGUUACAAUAUCUGUACAUAUAUCGGCCCAAUAACAGAUAUAUUAGGUAUCGGUUAUCGAAUAUAUAAUGUCGAUAUAAGAACUCGCUCGUAAUGAAUAUAGAUUAGUAUGGAUGAUAUCGCAAUGAGUGGUUAUUAAUUUUUAGAAGAACUCGAUAUAUAGAUAUCAGAUAUUACCUGUAUCUAUGUAUUUGUAGUAUUAUUCUGGCCAGUUGCAUUUACAUGAUCGACUCAAAUGUUAAUAUUAUGGUUACUCAAUUGUAAACUGAUUUUUAUGUAUUUUUAAAUUAAUUAUUUUGAAUGACUAAAGUGCAUUUUCCAAAAUCCAAAUGUAUGGAGUUUUUUUGUUUGUUAUUCUAUACAAAUUAGAAUGUCGAACAAGCUGACGGCCAGCCUGAUGGAGAGUAACAGUCACCUAAAGACAUGUGCAGCACCGUGAACUUCACAGAAUGUACAUGGCACACACAUGUUGGCAUGUGAUUACACAAUUUUGUUAAUUUGCCUCUUUUUCUGCAAAAUCUCCAUCUAUAUGCCAAAUGUUGUCAUUGUAUCGUUAUUUUUUUAUUAGAAUCUCAUUAAAAACGUUGUUAUUUAUUUGUAAACAUUACUAACGGAUGCACAUUGGUCCUGUUAAAGGGAAAUGUACCCUAAUUUAUUAUACAUUAGUUUUAAUAUCCCAUUUUCAAUUAGUAUUGUCAUUUUAGAUUUAUUUUUUUAAGUAGUUAGUCAUUUGUUGCUACUUGUAUAAAGUUAUUAUUGAUGUACAGAUUGUCCAUGUUAACAUGGCACGUGCCUCCAACAUUUUACUUCAAUGUGUGUGUACCAUAUACAGACGUGAUGCUCUGUUUGUGUUCGUGAGGAGACGCCUUCAGUCGCGACCUUGGACCAGAGGAGGAGUAUUAUACUCCUUGGUCGAAGCCUUGUAAAUGUUUUUACACACACAUGUUUAAUUCUUUGUAUGUCGGAGUUACGUGUCGUGUUAUCGAAGGCAAUGUUCAUUAGGAAAUCUCACUUUGAUAUAUUGAUGUAACUCAAAAUUGGUAAAAAUUAUUUAUAUUCUUAUUGUUUCAUUAUUAUUUAUAUAAAAGUAGGUUUCUCAAUCUAGUAAAAAAAAAAAAGAAAAAAAAAUUGGACAGUAUGUUGUCUGAGAUUUUUUUUCAUAACUGGAUUGUAAAAUCACUCUGUUUUUUUUUUAAACGGUUAGUUCAAUUUAGUUAAAUAAAAUGAUUUUUGCCAAUUUUAAAUUAUUACGCUUUUUCAUCAACGUAGAAUAAAUAGUACAUGCAAACUACCUUUACGCCAAGCUAUCUCUUCCAGAUGUUUUACUGUAUUAACAAAGUAUUAAAAUAAUGGUUUAAAACCUACAUUUUUUUUUUUGUAACUAAGUAUUCUAAUAUUGUUAACUUCCACUCGCUCGCAUUUGCUCGUUUUGAACGCACUUGUUUUGUAUUUAUUGUAAGUAAUACUAUUAUAGCUGUUUUAUGUGAUCAUUCAUAGUUUAAGGCCCCCAUACACGUUCACUUUUGUUUCCAUAAUUAAAAACUUUAUUGCCAGAACUAAUUUGUGUAUUCUAAUAACUUAUUCAAAAUGAGUUUUAAAAAAAAAUAAUUAGUUGUAGAAUAUGACAAUGUGUCCAAUUCGUAUGCUCUUUGCGGUUUUGGUACUUUUGUAUGGACAGAUGGUGUUCGUUCUUGUAAUGGCCACUGACCUAUUUAUAGCUAUUAUAUAUUACUAGUUUAAGUAAACAUUUGUGAUUUUUAUUAUUUGUCGUGAGUGAUAACGGAGAUGAGAUAGGCUGAGUUUUACAUUCUAUACAAAUCUGUCUACAUUCAUAGAAUUUUUUAACUCAACUCAGCUUUUUUUUCUAUACGACUAGAACGGCAAACAAGCUGACGGUCCACCUGAUGGAAAGUGGUAACCGUCGCCUAUAGACAUGAGCAGUACCGUGGACAUAACAGAGUAUACUGUUUCACCCAUGAUACUUACUUCCCAUGAGUUGCCAUUCCUGAGGACCCAGGUGAUAUUCCUAUGUACCCAGUAAAUUCACGCCAUAUCCCACCCUUCAAACUGAAACACAGCCAUGCAAACACAACUGUUUCACACAGCUUUGAUAUUGGUAUCGAUACUGCGCCAUCAUUCUCUUGUCUAAAAUUAAGAAUUUAAUAAUUUCGUCAAAGUACUAUUUUAUCAAUGGUGAAUACAUCGCUCAACCUUCGAUUUGCCGUUACAUAGUAAUCAUGGUGGAAACCCUGGAGGAUCUGAUGAUGACCAUUUUAUUUUUAUUUACAUACUUUAUUUUAAAGCGGCCAUUUGACCGCUCAUGGUAGGAUUAGGCAUAUAUAAAAUGUCGGUAGGUUUAGUGUUUUAAAUGCCAAAGAAAUCUUUGUCGUGUCGAUGUCAUUGACUUUUGUCUCUAAAACAAAAUGUAUCUCCUCCAAAAAAUAUCAUAUUUUAAUAAUUUUUCUAUAGAGAACUAAACAGCAACUGAUGUCACGAGCGCUAUGGCACUCGUCGGCACUCGAACUAUUAAAAUAUCAAAUUAAAUGGCGUGUUAUGGCGUGAAUUUAUUGGGUACAGAGGAAUAACACCUGAGUCCUCAGGAAUGGCAACGCAUGGGGGGUAUCAUGGGCGAAACAGUAUAAUCUGUUAUGUGCAUGGUACUGCUCAUGUCUAUAGGCGACGGUUACCACUUUCCAUCAGGUGGGUCGUCAGCUUGUUUGCCAUUGUAAGUUGUAUAAAAAAAAAAUUCUAUUUUAGAGCUAGAAUUAAAGAAUUGUAACGCAAAAUCGACUUUAUUAUCUCCAUAAUAAGAUUGUUUUAAACUGAUCUUCCAGACUAUACGAUAACUUCCAUGAGCCAUUCAAAAGUAAAAAACGACGCCAUGUUGUCCAUAUUUAUUUUCAAAUAUUAAUAAUUGUCACAGAUACUAAUAAAAGUAAAUAUUAGUUAUAACCGAUAGAUAACAAACAGGGUGUCAUAUGGCAGACAGCGUUGUACAUUACAUUUAUAAUACUACUAUAAAACCGCAUGUACAAGGUGAAACUAGUUUCACCAUUUUGUUAAAGUUUUUUUUUUAUACAACUUAGAAUGACAAACAAGCUGACGGCCCACCUGAUGGAAAGUGGUAACCGUCGCCUACAGACAUGAGCAGUACCAUGGACAUAACAGAGUAUACUGUUUUACUAAUUAGGUGACAAGCUGAGUGAAGCAGUUGUGUUUGCAUGGCUGUGUUUCGGUUUAAAGGGUGGGAUAUGGCGUGAAUUUACAGGGUACAGAGGAAUAACACCUGAGUCCUCAGGAAUGGCAAUGCAUGGGGGGUGUUAUUGGCGAAACAGUAUACUCUGUUAUGUCCACGGUACUGCUCAUGUCUAUAGGCGACGGUUACCACUUUCCAUCAGGUGGGCCGUCAGCUUGUUUGCCAUUCUAAGUUGUAUAAAAAAAAAUACUGGUCCAAUUAUAAAUAGUUUCAGUAAACUGUUGCUCACACCACAUUAUAUCGCGUAAAAUUCGCGGAAAACUUUAAAUAACACAAUUUCCAUACGUUUUGAUUAAUUGUAACUUAAUUAAAUUAAUUACAUCGUGAAACUAGUUUCACAGCAUAAAUACGGCUUUAUAUACCUUAUUCCUUAAAACCUAAGAACGUUGUAUGUUCAAAAUCUACACAUGUCUAGUUUUAUGUACUAAAUUCGAGGUGACACUUAGCGGCCGCACGGCGGAUCAAUGUACUUAGGCAACAAUAAAAGCAGUUUCAAUAUUUAAAAGCAACUUGCGACAUCUAUCGAUAGUUAAAUGUAACUCUCAUGUGAAAAAAAGUAUAUUAUGAAAUGUCUAUAAAUGUUUAAAGGCCUAUUUAUCAUUAUAUCGGCCGUUAACUAACAAUGCCGAAUAUAGAUUUCCCGCAUAAGGGAGGGGGGUUGUAGUUCCCACACUUGGGAAGAUGGUUGGCAACAACAAUUAGGCUUUGUUUAUGUUUUAAAAAGGACGUUUCUGCCCAUCGCUAGAAAAUUAAUUUACCCUAGUCGCAUCUUAUUUUUCCAUGCGAAAGGAAGAAACGGCCUAUCUUGAAUGCUAAACUGCUGAUCGACUUCCAUACAGAUCUUUUCGACCUUUGAGACUAUUUACUAGGAACGGCAGACAUGGCUUUGUUAAAGCUCCGCUUGCAUCCUGUGGUGGGCAUCUGACAGUUCUGAGGCGAUGACUUUAAAGUAGUAGUGGGUAAUAUAUAGCAAUAUUUAUAUAUUUUAUUUAUAAUAUCUAUAUACUGGUCCAAUAACGAAUAUGUUAAGUCUGACAUCUAAAAAAUAAUAUCGGAUAAAAGACUUUAGAUAUCCGACCGAUAUGGGCGAUAUCGAAUUGGGCGAUCUGUUUUCCCCCGUCAGUAUAUAGAUAUUGAAUCGGUAUCCAUAGUAUCCAUGCUUACUUUAAAAACGCCUUUUUUCAUACAACUUAGAAUGGCAAACAAGCUGACGGCCCACCUAAUAGUAAGCGGUUACCGUCGCCUAUAGACAUGAGCAGUACCAUGGACGUAACAGAGUAUACUGUUUCACACAUGAUACCCCCCCCCCCCCAUGUGUUGCUAUUCUUGAGGACUCAGGUGUUAUUUCUCAUUUCUUUAUGCAUAUUUUAAGGGAGCGACGUGUGGCCGCUAAGAGUUAAAAUGUGUGUGCUGUUGAGGCCUAAUGUAACAUAGUUAUUGUAAUAUUGAAGAUUUGUUACCGUUAUUUAUCAAUAAGUGACGUUGUGCACGUACAAAGUACGGUUACCAUUGCUAGACUAAAUUUGCGUGUAAAACUAGGGACGCUUGCUUAAACACUGAGUGGUUUUUUUUUAAAGAAAUAACUGGUUGGUACAAAUAAGAUUUUGUGGUUUGAUGUUAAGUCCGCCGUUUACACUUUCAAGAUGUAUUAAUGUUAAUUAAAUAAAUAAUUAUAGAUAGAUACUCUUUAUUAUUUCCUCCAAAAGAUUACAAUAGUAAACUUAUUAUAAAUAUAAAUAAUUACAAGAAAUAAUCACAGUGAGAAAACAAUGGGCGACCUUAUCGCUAAGAGCGAUCUCUUCCAAGCAACCUUUGGAUGGAGAGGAGUAAAUAUCGAGGAGGAUACAUCGUUGAUUGAAUUUAUUUCGUGACAAUUAUUCAUACUAUAUUUUUAUUGUUAACCUAUUUUUUUUUUCAACUUUUGUGUUCAAAUUUACUUGUGACAACUGUAUUGCCAAUGUGUAAAAAAAUAUUUAUCAUCUGUACUGUGUAAUAAAAGAGUUGUGGGUUUUUUCUUA